AUGGCUGCUGGUUCCGAGGAACGGGAAAGAGAACAGCGCUGGCGUGCGUUGAGCGAACAGCUCUUGCGGGAGCCAGAGCUAGCGUUCCACGAGCAACGAGCCCACGACCUAAUUUGCGCUGAGCUCACACGCGAAGGAUUCGCUGUUCAGCGCAACUACGUUUUCAGCACGGGCUUCCGCGCCGAGUACAAGCAACCGCCCGAGCCAGACGGCGUCGCUGUUGCACUUGUAUGCGAAUACGAUGCUCUGCCUGGACUGGGCCAUGCCUGUGGUCACAACCUGGUCGCUGCUGGCACACUGGCCGCUGCAUCGGCCAUUCGCCGUUGCAUGGAGAAGGAACGGGUGAACGGUCGACUCGUAGUGCUCGGCGUACCGGGCUCCGAGGCUGCUCGACCACGCUGCAAGUCACGGCUUCUGGAUGAGGGUGCCUUGACGGGCCUGACCGCACUCUUAGCCCUACACCCUACAUCACCCCGCGAUCCCAGCCUCUGCCCCGCCAUCGAACAAGAGAGCGUCGCUGGACAGUGGCUAGACGUGCGGUUUCAUGGUCCGGCUUCGGUGGAUGCUGCCGUGCUCCUUUACUGGAUCCUAGCCAGCCGCUGCCGCGGAGUCGUCAGCCGAGGGGGAAGCAAUCCGUGUGAACCGACGACGCUCGCCGAGUCGCAGUACGUGCUCGUCGCUCCCGACGAUGCGACACUGUGCGAGAGGAGGCAAAUGGCCGAAGACGCUCUGCUGGGAGUGGCCAAGGCGACCGGCUGUUUCUUCGAGUGCCGCUUCGGCAAGCCUAGGCCACGGCCCGUUUUCAACCGUGUUCUGGAACAGCUCUACUCUGAGCAGGUACUUAAGACAGGCGUGGCCCCAUCCUGGUUUUCGUGCUCCAGCGGCCAAUGGUACGGCGCCUGGUCCGACUGGGGCAGGGUGUCACGCGCGUUGCCGUGCCUGCGUGCCACAUACAUAGUACCCGGAGCUCUGGGUCCGCCGCACUCGCGCGCCUUCGCCGAAGUGGUCGCGUCACCGCCGGCGCUGAACGCAACCUUCGAAGCCGCCGAGGCGCUUGCAGCCACUGCCCUCAAGGUUCUCGAGCAGAGGGACGACUCUUUAGUAUCGCAGCACCUGUUGCAACAAGCGCGGAUACAUGUGCCACCGACACGCGCACACUGAAUAAAAAAGAAAUAGCGCGCAUUUAUGCAAAAACUUAUCGAGAUAGACAGAGAACUGUUUAUACUAUACGCUACAGCCCCCUAUAAAAACAGCAAGAGCUUACACGUGUCUUGUGACGCUUAUUCUGCAUCCUUCAAAGAAAUUAAAAAUCUCUAAACGUGGGGUGUCGCUAUAGAGCCAAGGUUUCCACAAGUGGUCUUGUCUUCUGCAAGGCAACAGCUGCCUACCUCUGCACAUGUAUGCGUAUGCUUCAUACCCUCUCCCCUAGCGACGCCCCGUGCUCGAGAGUUUUUCCUCCCUUCAAGCUUUCGUCUUCCCCUGAAGUUCUGUCUUAUUUGCAUCUCCUUCAAAGAGGUCACUCAAGUUUGCAAAAGUUUACAAGGAGAGCGAUUGCAAGCUUGAGACUGGUUUCCACUCUGCUUGCCUCGGUGCCCAUCCUACCAACGUUUAUGGCGAGCUUAGUGAUUAAUUAUUGUCUGAUCAGUAUUUCCGUAAAAUGCCUCACCGGUGCCUGCAAUGUCUUAUGGUGAUAUACUCUCUCAUUUGCUUGUGGCCGUCAUCGCAGCGUCACUUGCGGACUCCUGCUCCAGGACUUCUUAAUAGCGGACGCUGUCAUUCACGGACGUCUCGCAUGGUAAUUGGAGCUCAAUUUAACAGGCAGGAGCAGAUGGUAAGAGAACGCAAUGUGCGGUCGCGGCGGGUGCCACAAGAACAUACAAAAUACCAGCUGCUGAAAAAUAAAGUUAGUUGAU